CAGCACUGUCGUAUUUAAAUCACGUGACCGCUUCCCGAGAGCAAAUAAAAUAAACGAAAUUCUUUUUAGAAAAAAUUACACGAAAUUUUCUAAGAAAAAAACGAAUUAUAUAAAUUUUUUCAUGAGGACAAAAUAUUAAUUUUGCGCACAGUUGGAAGCUUAUUUUAGUGACAAUAAAAAACGGACCUCUGAAAUUUUCUCUCUCUCUCUGAAAGAAAAAAUCAACACUACGAAAAAUGUCGAGAUUGACUGUUAUAUUCUGCGUCCUGAGUUUAUGGGUUUGCACAACUUAUGCAGGGGGAAUGUCUUGUAAUGUCAUUGGAGGACAAUGUCCAGGUGUAUUUUCCUUGAACAAUGACGACACCUUUUGCUGUCCUUCCGAAAAUGGCAGUGAAUUUUGUUGCAAUGCCAGUAAAUUCAUUGAACUCACGGGAACUAAAGCUGUAUUGACGAUUGUUCUCGGCGUUUUAUCGUUGGUCGUGGUAUUCAUUUGUUGUAUAUGCUGCGCUUGCUGUAAAUGUUGUCCUUGUUACAGAAAACGAGAAAGAGGAAUAAUUUUUGCUCAGGGACCCAGCACAGUCGUACAAGUGAAUCAGACUCCUGGAAAUAAUCAAUUCACUCAGCCACUGUAUCCCGCACAACCAGCAAUGCCGCAACCACCACCGAGUUAUACAUCGGAAGCCUAUACAAAACAAUCUCCAUACAAUCCAAUGUAUCCAAAUGUCUAAAGAAAUGCACAAAGAUAAAUUACUUUUCAUCGCGAUUUAAUCGUUGAUGAGUAUAUUUUUUUUUAUUACGAUAGAUCUAAAGUAUAAUCAACCAAAGCCAGUGAAUUGUUACGAUUUACUGUUUCAACAGACUUUAUGUUUUGAUAACAAAAGAAAAAAAGAACUUAAAUGUCGUUUUUGAAGGAAAAAAAUAAUCUCUAAAGAUAAAUAAUUAAACAUUUAAGUUGACUUCCUUGAGAAUGAGAUUUUUCAAAUCUCUUAUUCUUUUUUCUACUUUACAAGUUGAAUUGGUAUUUAAAAAAAAUUAAUACCAAGUUUGCACAAAAAUGUAUAAUACAAAUGACUAUGUAUUUUUAAUUUUUAGUGCCUUUUUGCAGUGUUUGUUUUGUUUGUUUUUUGCUUAAAAACGACUGGCCAUAAAAAACUUAUUUUCUACUUUAAAAAAGUGUAAAAUCAAAAACAAAACUAUUAUUUUUAUAUAAGUAGCCGGUUUCUACGCAAGCCUAAAUAAGAUAUAAAAUAAAGUUCCAUGUUUAAACUAUAUAUUUAAUAUAUGUAGAAAUAUUUAUCAUCAAAAUGUAUGCCAUCAUUUAUUACAAAAAAAAAGAAAGGAAAAAAAAACUUUCAAACAGUAUUUGUAUUUAGUGAAGAAAAAAAAGAAAAGGCGUAUGACGAUUUUCAUAUAAAAAAAGAAAAAAAAUGAAAAAAAAAUUCAUCAAAUUAGCUUCAUAUUUUUCUCAUAGUUCUAUAAUAUGUUUGCCAAACAAAAAUACUUCCUAAAAAAAACUGUUUCUAUUUUUGUAAUUUCCAUUUGUUAAAUUGCACUCACUGCCUCUUUAAAUCUAAAUUCAACUCAUGAAUUAUGUAUUUUGCACAUUUUUGACAAAAAAAAAAAAAAUAAAUAAAAGUUUUUCAUAAAAUCGA